AACAAAAUUCAUUUCUGAUUUCGAGAGUGCUCUUAUUUUUAACUUAUUUAUGUUUUGGUAGGUGAUAGAUGAAGCUAGUGUUAAUAACAAUAUUCAAAAUGCACAAUUAAAAUUAUAUGCAAAUCAAUUGAAACGUGUGGCAGGCAGUGGUGCUUUUCUAAAUCGACUCGUUAUAACUCAACGAUUUCGCUUACCGAUAGGGACUUAUGUUAUUAUUCCAUCUACGUACAAAAAUGAUAAGACUGCUGAAUUUUUAUUGCGAGUAUUCACUGAAAAGAAAGUUGAUCAAACAGUGACUGCUGAAUUAACAAACGAUAAGUCGAACCUGACUGAAGAGGAAUCUGCGCUUCAAGGCAAAAAAGUUGAUAAACUAGAUGAUGACUCGACCGGACCAGAUGAUGACAUUUUCGGCAUAAUUAUUGAAAUAACCGAAACAACUGAGGAAAUAAUCGAAACGACUGAUGAAAUUGAUCAGGCAACAGAUGCUGAAGAUCCCGACGCACAAAGUGACUCGAAUGCAGAUGCAAACAAUGAGUCAACAUAA